UAGAGAUUAAAUUGACGGCCACAUGGUCUGAUACCAUAUGGUGUUAAUUGGUUAAGCAACUAUUGUUCUAGAAGGUUAAGAUUACAGGAAAUAAUCAAAAUCUUUUACUAGUGCGUUGUUUAUUUUCACUUGAUUAGUUUGUUAGUGGUGUUGUUUCUCAUCAUUAAGCAUUAAUUCUAAACCUAAGCUGUUGAGAGUUUUCAUUGUUUAUUAUUUAACUUGGACUAUUUGUUGUUAUGUAACUGGGGAAUUUUCAUUGUUCAUCACUGGAAUAGUUUGUUUACAGUGGUGUAUUUCAUCAUUACGGAUUCAUUUUUAACCUUCAUUGAGGAGAGUUUUCAAUGUUUAUUUCUAAAAUCUGAACCUUAGGUAGUUUUUUAUUAUUUCAUUGGAGGGUUUUCAUGGUUUAUUACUAGAAUAAUUUGUUCCUAAUGGUGUUUCUCAUCAUUAAGCAUUCAUUUUAAACCUAGGCCCUUGAGGGUUUCAUUGUUUAUUAUUUAAAUUCUGAACCUUGGAUAUGAUAAAUUUCAUCUUUGGGCAAUGCAUUUGACUAGGAGCUGUGAAUUCUUCCUUCAUAGUUGAGGUAUUGCUGUCCUUUGCCUGAUGUAUUUGUCAUUACAUGAAAAUGAAGCUAGUUUUAUGAGGAUUGGCUGAUACAAUUAAAGCACUGGAGUUGUAGAUAAUGUGACCAAGGAGAUUCAUUCUGAUUAACUAUAGAGAAGAUACACCUUUUAAGGUGGAGCUUUUUGUUGAUUAGAUUCUUUACCUAACUUGGAUGGAAUUUCCUAUUUAGCAAUCAUAAAUGAAAAGAGAAGCGGACAUAAAAUUCAGGAAGUUCUAGACUAUUUAGCCUACCUUAUGCUGUUAGCACAUGUUUGAAACCCGUACUACUUGACCAGUUAGAAGGAAUAGAUUCUCUGCACUAAAAGACCAAAUCAUAUCAUAAAUGUGCCGAAUAUUUUAUUCUUCAUCAAUUUCUUUGCAAGUACUUCCCAUUACAGUACUAUUAAUAUGACCAUAUUCUAUGAAUUGGUUGAAAUAAUUAUGUCACUCACCUUCCAUAUCUAAUGAUUAUUAUCUAUGUGCUUUAUCUAGAAACUUAUAUGCCCCUAGGCAGAGCUUCUUCUUUCCUUGUGAUUCUUAUGUUUCUCCAGGUAGAUUGAACUACUAAAAUAAUUAUCAUUUUGGUUGCAUGUUUUCUAACAAUUGCAUCUAUUUCUUAACCUCAUUAAAACUGAAUAAAAGUGAAUGACAUGGCUGGGUUGUUGGAUCUUUUGUAAGAGAAGAACUGAGUAAUUUUGCUUCUCAACUUCCAUGCAGUUUUACACAUUUCUAGAGACAACUCUCGUCACUUUAUCUCUACUGCCCGUUUUUGCUCCUUUUUUCUCUGAUGGCGAGAUAACUGGAAGUAUAGGGGCCCUUAUAACCACUUUUAUAACUUUUGUUUUGAACUUAGCAUUUGCGUUGAGUGUUUUGGGAUUUCUGAUUAUGCAUAUGGUAUUGGUGGCAGCCAACACAACAACUAUUGAGACAUAUGAAAAGAAAACAACUCCUAAAUGGCGUUAUGACAUUGGUAGGAAGAAAAAUUUUGAGCAGGUGUUGGGGAUAGAUAAGAGAUACUGGUUCAUCCCUGCAUACUCAGAAGAUGAUUUGAAGCACAUGUCUGUGCUUCAGGGGUUGGAAUAUCCAACGAGACCAGAGUUGGAUCCAUUCCAGCAGUUGUAACCACAGAUAGAGAAAUUAGUAUUGGAUUACUGUUUGUCCAAAUUCAGGAGUUUCAUAUUUAAUGCAUGUGAAUCCUUGAUUAAAUGAGGAGCAUUAGGGAUUUUUUUAGAACAAAA